GUGAAGCAGAUUGAGAAGAGAGAUUCUGUUUUAACCUCGAAGCAGCAGAUUGAAAGACUGCUCAGGCCUGGUUCAUCGUACUUCAAUCUGAAUCCUUUUGAGGUGUUACAGAUUGAUCCAGAGGCAACAGAUGACGAACUGAAAAAAAGAUUUCGGGCGUUGUCCAUAUUGGUCCAUCCAGACAAAAAUCAGGGUGAUGUAGACAGGGCACAGAAGGCCUUUGAAGCUGUGGACAAAGCAUACAAGCUCCUGCUGGAUCCUGAGCAGAAGAAACGAGCUUUGGAUGUAAUCCAAGCAGGACAGGAAUAUGUGGAGCAUAUGGUAAAGGAGAAAAAAAAACAGCUGAAGAAGGACGGGAAGCUUCAGGAUGUGGAGGAGGAUGACCCUGAACUUUUUAAACAAGCAGUGUACAAACAGACCAUGAAGCUGUUUGCAGAGCUUGAAAUCAAGAGGAAAGAAAGGGAAGCAAAGGAUAUGCACGAAAGGAAAAGAGCUCGUGAGGAAGAAAUUGAGGCAGCUGAGAAGGCAAAGCGGGACAGGGAAUGGCAGAAAAACUUUGAGGAAACGAGAGAUGGGCGAGUGGAUAGUUGGAGGACCUUCCAGGCUAAAGGCAAGACCAAAGAGAAAAAGAACAGGUCCUUCCUCAAGCCCCCCAAAGUCAAAAUGGAACAGAGGGAAUGA